AUGUCCUCUUUCCUCAAGGGGCUUUUCGGCAAGAAAGACAAGCACCGCAACCAUUACGAGGACAAGGAAAACGAUGAUGACCUCGACCGCACCGCCCAACGUCAACAAUUCAAUGGCCGCAGAGGCGCUCCCGAUAGAAGAUCGGCUAGGUGGGACGACUUAUCCCCUCUGAAUCGCUCGCGGCACACCGAAUUUGACUAUGGGCCGGCCCCGGUCUCGGCAAUGUCGAGGGCGCACGAUCGGCACAGCCAACGAGAGCGCCGCGGGCGACGUCAUGAAGAAGCUCGCGUCUCCAUGCAAGCGCGCUUGUUGAGCAGUGAUGACGAGGAGCCCUAUCCGACCCCGGAAAAGAUGGCGCAACUAAUAAAGACGAAUCGGCGGUUAGAGGAGCGAUUAGUCGAGUACAAGACGCGGUUGAGGCAGAAGAAUACUAAUGAAGCGGUGUUGACGGAGAAAAUCCAGUCUCUCGAGCAUCAGGUCCGGAACUUAAAAAAGGAGAACCGGCGAUUAGAGCAAGAAGGUCAACUCGGUCAAUACCGAAACCUGCCCAUGAACGUCUCACAUCAGCCACACCCGUUGAUCUAUGGGGGACGGCUCCGCGACGAGAAUACGCCAAGCACGUCAGCCCUGGAGAGCAUUACCGGUGAAUCGAUGACCAGCCAGUCGGACUACCCCGUCUCCCUUGCCCACUCCCAUCCGUUCCACGAUGCUGUGAAUCGCCAGACGCGCAUCAGCAACUUCCCGACGAGCCCGAUGGGCCACGCUGAGCCCCACUUCGCACAGCCACCCUACGCCCCAACUGGCGCCAUGCUCGGCAACGCCUUCACCAACAUUAACGGCAACAACACUCCGAUGUUCACACCGACCACCCACGACCAUGGGCACAACAUCACGCUCGGGAAUGAAGAGACACCAGAGAGGAACCUCUUCAGCGAGGAGACCGACGAGAUGAAGUUGUUUCGGCUGACCCCAUCGCACCGGGCAAAGUCUCUGGAAACCGCGCCUCCUGGAUUCGAACAACCUCGAGACGGGCAGGGCACCGGCGCACACGACUUGAGCAACGUAGCCCCGAAUGAAAUCCUCGACGACGGCUACAGCACGGCAUCCACCUCGAAAACUGUCGUCCCCGCCGAGCUGCCGCAGACGCCAAGGCGGCGCAGAAGUUUGUCCACCGGAAAUCUGACGCCGCUCGCACCCACCAUG